AUGUCACCCUCCUCCGCAUACGCGUCCGCUACCUUGUACACACCACUGUUUAGACCUCCCACGACGCCAUUGACGACUGCCGUGCAAAAUCAACCAGCCUCCCUCCACCCAUUACCUCUUCUCCCUACAACGACUGUGGAGGAUGUUUGCGCCUACUGGCCAGCAGAUGCUCCCGGUUCCGGGUGUUCCCCAAGGAAGCGGCGCUUCUACCAGAAGGGGCGCAUUUGCCUGUGCCACAUGCCGCCUGGUAUCUACCACCAACGCCUUAAAAUCAACUUCAGGGACGUCUUUGAGGGCGCUCAGAUUUCUCAGUUCCUUAUCAACAUUCUCUUCUCUGGGCAGCCUGCUCGCGGUCAAAGAUACCAGUCUCCUUCUCAUCGCUUUAGUGGGAAGGACGAUUACACGCCAGCCACUCAGUCCGGUCACUGCGUGAGGGAAAUGUUCACAUUUUUGCAAAACGGAGGUGCGUCGGGUGAACGCAUGAAUGUGAUGGUUGAGGUGCUCAAACACGCAGCCGCGCGCUCACCCCGCGGACUUAUUUGCUUUCCACCGCCCUACCAACUCACUCUAGAGUUCUCUCACGCUGCCAGCAUCGACACUGUACAUAGCCCCAAACCGAACUACCUCCGUUAUGUAUAG